AUGGAGAGGCUCCGGAAGCUGUGGAGGGGCCGCACGAUGACCUUCGGGGUCCCCCUGUUGCUGUAUCUUGUUGGAGGAUCUUUUGGACUCCGUGAAUUUGCUCAAAUAAGAUAUGAUGUCCACAAACUCCAUGGCAAGGUUGAUCCAGCUUUGAAAGAAAAAUUAAAACAGAACACUGUGACACUGGAAUCUGAAUAUGAGAAGCUGCAAAAGUCUGACUUGGAUAACUGGGAGAACAUAAGAGGACCCCGUCUGUGGGAAGAUUCCAGGACUGUUCAGAAGCAACGGCGGGAGGCUGCCCAUCUCAAGACAGAGUGACUGAGCAAGCCUACUUUGGUGCCUCUGCGGAAAAAAAAAAGUCUCAGGCUGGACUGUCUUAUUUUUUAAUCCAGUGUCAGGAACAGACGUGGGAGAGGGGGAUUGCACUGAGCAAUUCAUGCAGGUGUACAUAUAAGUAACUGUGAGAUCAAUCCAGAAGGCCAUGUAUUAUAUGAAGCCCUUUGUUUGCAUCCAUUUGCACAGAGUUCCACAGGCUGUAUAUAUGAAUUCUCAAUUAAAAAAAUAGCUGAUUAUUCUACUCAGAAUAUCCCAUUGUUUU